AUGGAUUCCCAAAAACGGUUUUGUGCUUAUCUUGUCAAACUGAAGCGGCAUGACAAAGACACCUGGCCGGACACACCAGAAGGAAGCACAGAUGCGAGAACAGGAAGGCCCCCGUUUUGUACCACAAUGCAACGAGCUCGAGCUCUAGAACAAGCUUUGGAUCAUGCGGAGCAUGUCAUUGAAAGUGCCCAACAGAGACCUCCGAAAAGGAAAUACUCAUCUAGUGGGAAGCCGUCACUCCAUGAAAAACUUUAUGAUAUUUAUGUUGAAGAAUGUGAAAAAGAGCCUGAGGUUACAGAGGAAUUAAAAAGCAAUGUGAACCUGUUAGAAAAGCUUGUUAGGAGAGAGUCCUUGCCUUGUUUGGUGGUCAACUUGUACCCAGGGAAUGAGGGCUAUUCGUUGAUGCUCAAGGGAAAAAAUGGAUCCUAUUCGGAGAGCAUUCAACUGCCUUAUGAAGAAAGGGAAUUGCUCGAAUACUUGGAUGCAGAAGAAUUACCUCCAGCUUUGGUGGAUCUCCUGGAAAAGUCUCCCGUUAACUUUUUUCACCGUGGGUGUGUCAUAGCAGAAAUACGGGACUAUAGGCAGUCCAGUGGAAUGGAACCUCCUGGCUACCAAAGCAGGCAUAUUCUCUUACGUCCCACGAUGCAGACUUUAGUCUGUGAUGUACAGGCCAUAACCAGUGAUAACCAGAAUUGGACCCAGGAGGACAAACUUUUGCUUGAGAGCCAGCUGAUCUUAGCUACAGCUGAACCCCUGUGUCUAGACCCUUCUGUAUCAGUAGCCUGCACUGAAAACAGGUUGCUCUAUAACAAGCAAAAGAUGAACACUCUUCCCAUGAAAAGGAGCUUCAAGAGGUAUUCCAUGCCCUCUCUAAAUCGGCAGCAAGAGCUGUCUCAGUGUCCACCUCCUCCUGAGUUAACAGUACUGACUUCUUGCAAAAAUAUAAGAGAAAAUAAAACAGGUGAUCAUUAUGGCCUCAAAUUUUCUAAAGCAGGAAAUUUUGUAGAUAUGUGGAAACAGAAACCCUGUGACUUGGCUAUACCUUCAGAAGUGGAUGUGGAGAAAUAUACUAAAGAGAUAAACUCUGUCAGAUAUGAUGACUUACAAACAACACUCUGGCCAACUCAUGAGGUACAAGAUGGUUCUGUAUCUGAAUAUGAAGAGGGCAGUCAGUCCCAGGCAACAAAGCUGACCUUCAUGCAGUCGCUUAAUGACCCACUUAUCUCCGGAAAAAGAAGAUCUCGUAAAAAAGUUAGAUGUGAGAAACAAAUGCCGCCCCUCGACACCUCCAAAGAUGACCAUUCCAGUAGUUUUGUGACUGGGACAAAGAAUGACACUGGCAGGGUGGUCAUUCAAUCCGAGGAACUAGUCCAGAAGAAUGCCAAGUGUCCAGUGCAGCUGUCGCACAGCUCCAGUGCCUCAGCCAGUCUCGGGCAACCUUCUCCAGGGAGAGAACCAGAGCAGCCUAAGACUGGGUCAGAUCAGUCUUCAGUGCUGGGCAAGGGAGCCAAACAUCUACCUCCAACCAUCAAACUUUCUGUGAGUUCAGGAAAGAGCUCCUCAGGUAACAGUUUGACUUCACAGCAGGCAAGCAUCUCUCAUAAAUCUCCACCUUCUGACUCUCUUAUUAAGUCACCAAAAAUUUCCAAGAAAUCUUCUGUGGAGGUCGGUCAGGUUAUCACACUUCCUGCCACCACCCAGUCCACUGCAGGCUCAUCAAAAAAUACCCAAGUUUCAGCCAAAUCCUCUGGCCUGCACAUCACCAAAGUGGUGUGCCCAGAUCAAGGAGGCCAGGCCUCAAGGAGAGGCUCCAAACCCAUGCAGCACUCUACCACCAGGGCCAUAGCCCCUGCAAGAAUUAAGCCGAGCCAAAUGCCCAGAGUAAUCAAGCCUGGCCCCCUGGCUGAAGGUAUAGAGCUUGGUCACCAGCCAAUAGGGAUCCAAGCCAACCCCCUGCCUGGAGGAAUCAACCGUGGUCACCAGUCAACAGGGGUCAAACCCACCACCUUGUCUGGAGGAAGCAAGCUUGGUCACCAGCCAAAAUGGAUCAAACCUGGCCCCCCUCCUGGAGAAAUCAAGCUUGGUCGCAAGCCAAUAGGGAUCAGGCCCAGACCCCUGCCUGGAGGAGUCAAGCUUGAACACCAGCCAGCAGAGAUCAAUCCCAGCCUCCUGCCUGGAGGAAUUAACCUUGGCCAGCAGCCAACAGAAAACAAACCUGUACACCUACCUGCAGGAGCUCAGAGACCAAAUGUGCUGCCCUCCAUACCACCAGCUCCUUCUCAAGGAGGAGUUCAACUUAUUUUUAAAAAUGCUUCCAGUCUCAGGCCCUUAACUCUAUUCCAGAUUCCACCGGGCUCAAUCAUUUUGAACACCCAGCAGCAGGCCCAGCAGCAGCCACAGCAGCUGCAGCAGCAGUGGCUCUACCAACUGGCUCCACAGCAGCAACUCCAACAACCCAUAACUUCACACCUUCAACAGCCAGUGCCACAGGUUCCUGUACAAAGUUUAGUAAAUCAAAGUACGGCCUUAUCUGCUCCACAAGCCACAGUUAUUAACCUUAACAGAAUGGACAGCUUUAUGCAGCCCCAGGCAGUUGUGUUGUCCCAGCUGGGUUCUGUCCACAACCAAGCUGGACCCAUCCUCCCUCAGCAGAGAUUUCAGCUCUCUUCUGCUUUCCAGCCACAGCCACAGCCACAGCCUCAGCCAAUGCAGUUCGCAAUCCUGCAACACCCAGUGGCUGUGACAACAGUAGCAGCCCAAACAGCUCAGCCACAUCCACCUAGUGAGCAUACGGCAAGGCACUCAAAAGGUAAAAUGAAGAGAAGCACACCAAACACUCACUGA